CCUCUUCCGCCGCCGGCCUGGGAAUGGAAACAUCUGCCCCACGUGCCGGAAGCCAGCUGGCGAUGAACUCUGCGCGCCACCCAGCGUCCAGCCGCAGCGAGCCUGCGCGAGGAACCUCGCGAGACGAGCUCGCCGAAAUGGCGGCGUCCAGUCAAGGAAACUUUGAAGGAAAAUUUGAGGCACUGGACCUUGCAGAAUUUGCUAAAAAGCAGCCAUGGUGGCGCAAGCUAUUUGGGCAAGAAUCUGGACCCUCUGCUGAAAAGUAUAGUGUGGCAACCCAGCUGUUAAUUGGAGGUGUCACAGGAUGGUGUACUGGUUUCAUAUUCCAGAAGGUUGGAAAGUUGGCUGCUACAGCUGUUGGAGGUGGAUUUUUUCUCCUUCAGCUUGCAAACCACACUGGAUAUAUUAAAGUCGACUGGCAGCGAGUAGAGACAGACAUGAAAAAAGCCAAAGAGCAGCUGAAGAUUCGGAAGAGCAACCAGAUAACAACCGAGGUCAAGAGCAAAGCCGAGGAGGUUGUGUCAUUUGUGAAGAAGAAUGUUGUUGUGACUGGAGGAUUUUUUGGAGGCUUUCUGCUCGGCAUGGCAUCCUAAGGAGAACAACUGUACUUCUAUUUUCUGGUUUUUUCCCUCCAGCGGACAGCCUACACUCCAUAAUAGGGCAUCAAAUGUCUCCCUGCUCUUCUCCUGUGCCUUCCUCCCUGUUGUGACAGAUCUGAAUGGCUUCUCUAGGC